GCGGAAUAAUGUUGUUUAUCUGUCGUGGACAAAAUAUUACGCUAUCUUACCGGUGACAUGUUCGAUAUCUGACAUCGGCAUUUAGGAGGAGCGAUGGAGCCAGAUUAUUACCAGGAGAGCAGCCGCCGGAAUGGCUGGUCCCUCCCGCCGCACCCCCUGCAGGGUGUGGCCUGGCUGGUGGUUGUCUACUUCCUCAUCAUCUACUUCACCACCCUCGUCCCCGUCCUCCCAACGGAGUGGCAGCCAGCUGGAUAUAUCAUCAAUGGUCUGGCGUGUGUGGUGCAUGUCUUCACACACUUUGUCGCCACCCUUAUCAACCCUGCAGACGAAGCUGUCCUCAGAGCAAACUUUAAAGACAAGAUGCCAACAUUUGACCGAAAGAAGCGGAGACAUGUUAUUGAGAACCAGCACUGUUAUUUGUGCCGUGUGAAUGUUGGGUCCAAGUCCAAACACUGCAGUGCCUGCAACAAGUGUGUGUCAGACUUUGACCACCACUGUAAGUGGCUCAACAACUGUGUCGGCGGCAGGAAUUACAGAUGGUUCCUCGCGACGCUGGUGAGUGGGGGAGUGGGAUGUCUGCUAAUUCUGUGCGUGUGUCUGGUACAGUUCAUCGGAUUCUUCACAGACGAAAAAGAUGGCCGUCUCCUGCAGCCAUAUAGAGGCAACCAUUCUAUAGCAGAGUUCCAGAUUCUGUACCAGACAGUGGACAAAGAAGGUUGGCUUGCUCUUGUGGGGAUCACCGCGUCCUGGCUCUCAUUGCUGUUGCCCUGCUCGCUCAUCUGUUCAGUUUCCAUGUCUACCUCACGGGAGGACCUUGAAGGAUGUGGAGGAGUACCAGGAGUACACCAGCAACACCUGAUGUGGAGGUACCAGGAAUUGCUGCAGCAGCAGCAGGCCGGCAAGACAGCCAGAAGCUUGACUGCAGAAAUUAUCCAGACACAGCAUGAAGUAGGGGAAAAACUUAGUAACUUAAAGGGAGGCAUUUAUUCCAACAUUCUAAAUUAUGGUUGCAUACAAGAGAGGAGGAUUGCAAUGACAUCCUUUGUGUGCAUGGCCAAGGGAGGAAACUGUCAUAUGACAAGGGCUUUGAAGAACCACCAUGGCGAGGAAGGGGAGACUCCACCUACAGCCAGUCCAAUACACAAGCAUGGCGACCAUUACAGUAAAGAAAAGCGUCCGACCAGAUGA